AUGAAAGUCAAGCUGACCAGCCAUAGUUACGGUUCCUCCCUGCGAAAGGGUGUGAAGAAGAUGGAAAUCACCCAGCACGCCAAGUACACCUGCACCUUCUGCGGAAAGAACGCCGUCAAGCGUCACUCUACCGGUAUCUGGAAGUGCUCUGGUUGCAAGAAGGUCACAGCUGGUGGUGCCUACACUGUCUCAACUCCUGCCGCUGCUGCUAUGCGAUCAACGCUCCGACGAUUGAGGGAGAUUGCUGAGGUGUAA